GCUACUUUCCUUACUGAGGCGCUGGCAACACUGUACAAUUGGCAGUCGACUGGAUGUCUGUCCUCAUGAAUAUAGUAUAAACCGGCUACUAGCAACAACAUUGUGACGCAGCUUAAGACCCGCGGUAAAUUCAGGCCGUUUAUGCAUCGGUCAGUAGCAGGUCUCUGUGGCCUGUGCCGGAUCACCGAUCAUCUCUAUCUCAGUAAUGGCAGGGCGGCUAACGAUUCGUCCCUUGUGACUCGGUAUGAGAUAACCUGCAUCAUCAACGUUACGGAGACCAAGAACAGCUGCCUUUCUCCCGGGUUGGACUACAUCCACAUUCCCGCGUCUGACUCCCCGUUGUCUCCUCUCAGUGAUCACUUUGACGAUGUGGCAGAUAAGAUUCUUCUCGUUGCAGAGGGCGGAGGCCGCACACUGGUGCACUGUAACGCCGGGGUGAGCCGCUCAGCAGCCCUGUGCAUGGCCUACCUGGUGAAGCACCACGGCGUGACUCUGCUGGAGGCUCACAGAUGGGUGAAGACCUGUCGACCCAUGGUGAGGCCGAAUAACGGCUUCUGGAAGCAGCUCAUCCGGUAUGAGAUGGAGCUCCGUGGGUGCGCCUCGGUCCGAAUGGUCUCCACCUCCAUGGGAGAGAUACCAGACAUUUAUGAAGAGGAAGCCAGGAAUAUGAUGCCACUGCAGUGUGUACUACUUGGCCGCCCAUGUACAGUGGAAAUAAUAAAAUACAGGUUGGACAUGGAAAGAAACAAAGGUUUAUUUUCUUUCCUCAUCGUUUCUUAA